GCUGUGGCCAAAGCGGAGGAAGCGGAAGUGAGCUUCUGUUGCGCUGAAUCAAACCCAAGAAGAAGAAGAAGUAGCUUUGUGAGGAGACCGCGAUACAAACCCUCCGUGUGUCCGCGGCCAUUAGCUUCUGGGAGCGGAGAGAAAAGACCCGUCAGAACGCACCUGGGGGGUGUUAAAUCAUGUGGACACAGACUCCAGCGUAUCCAGUGUCAAGUUAAGGAUCUUGGAUGUAGAUUUUGAGAAGCUUAUUAGCGACCGAACCAAACAUUUUCAAGCAUUUGAGACAAACGAAGAAAGAACCCAGUUGAACCUCAGGAUCAAGUCAUGUCUCGCCGAAGAAGCCGCAGCCCGUCGCCGGGGAACUUUUCCCGCUCCUGCAGCAGUACCGAUCCUCGGGAUUUGGAGAGAAGGAUUUUCGUGGGGAAUUUGCCGACCAACGACAUGGAAAAGAAGGAUUUAGGAGAACUGUUCAGCCCAUACGGGAAAGUUAUCGGCGUGUCCAUGUUUCGUGGGUUUGGAUUUGUUCAAUUUGAACACGUUGAGGAAGCGGAAGCUGCAAAGGCGGCCAAAAAGGGUCGAAUAUAUAAAGGUUAUAAAAUAGAUGUAAAUAUGGCAGUGGAGCGACGGCAAGCUAAACCUCAAAUCCAGCAGAGCCCUCCUCGAAGGGCCCCAUACAGCAGCUACGGGGACAGCAAAGAGCCACGGCCUCGGUCCCGCUCACCUGUUUAUGGGCGUGACGGACGUGAUGGACGUGAGAGCCGCGAUGGGAGGGAUUCAGCUCGGGAGGCCAGGCCGGCCGGUCACUCUCGUGACCACGAUUACCGCUACCGUAGCUCAGAGAGCAGAGACAAGGACCCCAGAGGGGACCCCAGAGCUGACCUGAGAGCUGAUCCAAGGGGGGACCCUAGAGGUGAUCCCAGAGCUGACCUGAGAGCUGACCCAAGGGGGGACCCUAGAGGCGAUCCCAGGGCAGACCCCAGAGCUGACUUGAGAGGGGACCCCAGAGCGGACCCACGGGAUCCUGCAUUCAGCAGAGAGGACCUGGACAGGUUCUACCGCAGCGGCAGCGGAGCAGAGGAGUAUUACCGCAGGAAGGAUGAAGCCUACAGGGACCCGUACAGAGACCCCUGGAAUGGACGGCGUGAGCCAGAGGCGGAGGACCGAGCUCGACCGGAGGAGCGUCGGCGUAACGAGCUCUACCGUCAGUACUAUGAGGAGCUGCAGAGGCGCUACGACACGGACCGGCCCGUCGACUGCUCUGUGAUCGUCGUCAACAAGGCUCAGAAUAGGGAGUAUGCUGAAACGGUCGGGCGGAAGGUCCGUGAUCUGGGCAUGGUGGUGGACCUGAUCUUCCUCAACACGGAGGUCUCUCUGACUCAGGCUCUGGAGGACGUGGGCCGAGCCCGCACCCCCUUCGCCAUCAUCAUCACCCAGCAGCACCAGGUGCACCGCUCCUGCACCGUCAACAUCCUGUUUGGCACGCCACAAGAACAUCGGAACAUGCCGAUGCAGGACGCCAUGAUGCUCGUCGCCCACAACUACGAUUCUUACAAAGUGGAAAACCGCGAAAAGGAGCGAGAGGAGAUCGCCAGGAAGGCCGCCAAGAUGGCCGACGAUGUAUUACUCAGGGAGCCCGACAGAGAGAGCCACCCCGUCUCUGUGCUCACUGCCAUCACACUGCUGUCUGAAAACAGAUUUGUAACCCCCGAGGAACUGGACAGUCUCAUCGCGUACCUGAAGGACAAACGAGUCCGUCUGGUGCGAAGCUCUACGGACCCGCUUUCAGCUCCAGUCCACGCUGCAGCUCCAGCAGAUGUCCCGUCCUCGGCCGCAGGACUUUCUUCUUCCUCCCAUUCUGCUCUCGCGCCCCAGCAGACGAGCCAGUUCGCUUUAUCUGCGGCUCCCAGCGCCCCGACUAACUCCAGCCACCAGCAGGAGUUGCAGGCCAAGAUCCUCAGCCUGUUCACCAGCGGCACCGGCUCAUCAGUCGGUUCUGGAGGCCUUCCCUCCUCCGGCUCCCAGUCACAGGCCUACGGCUCCCUGGGCCUGCCCCCCUCCCAGGGCCUGCCCCGCCCCGCCAUGUCCGCCCCUCCUGCAGCUGUAUCCCAGGGCUAUGGCGCCCCACAGGGCCGGAUGCCGGUCGCACCAAUGGGUCAAAGGCCCCCCAGCUCGACUUCAGGUAUCAAUUUUGACAACCCGAGUGUCCAGAAAGCUCUGGACACACUGAUCCAGAGCGGGCCGUCUCUGAACCACCUGGUGGGCUCCGGGGCCUCUCAGCAGCAGCAGCAGCAGCAGCAGGUCCGACCGGCACAGAGCAUGGGCCAGGCCCCCCCCAUGUCCAUGUAUCCACGACACUACUGAUAGGCUGCGGCAGGUGAAUCCUAUCUCCCAACGCGAGGCCCACUCUUCCCCUGUGUACGUGUAGACACCACAUCGAUCCCUGAAGUGAAUUUACCAGCUGUGUAUAGGUAGACUGUCGGAAUGUUUUUGUAAACUGCUUUUUAAUUUUUGUUUUUUUUAAUUAUUAUUAAUCUCUUUAUUCUUGGCAGUGUUCUCACUUGGUAAAAUUUGAUUAUUUGUCAAAUUUUUGUUUUCAAUUAUUAUUAACCAGGAGAGGAUUGACUCUUCUAACGUGUGGUUUAAACAAUGAAGAUAUGUUGCAUGUGUAAAGUACAUCUUGGCCCUCGAUGGACACUUGUGUUGUUUUCCAACCAUGACCUCUUGUGUGUUUUAUAGUUUUGCAGACGUGAUUAAAAACUCGAGACACAGUC